UNAACUUCUCAAACCAAUGACGUUUUUUCUAUUCACAUAAAUGAACACAACAUAUUUUCAAUAAAUUGAGAUCGGUUUUGAGCUUAAACAACCUCAAAUUAAUGAAAAUAACAAACGAACACACGAAAACAUAACAAUCACUCAAUAACGAAUUCUAAGAAAAAUGAAUCAUCUUAUGGAGCUAAGAAGUCCAAAUUCCUUAAAAUCAACGAACACAAAAGCACAAAAGAGAUUCACGAGAUUAAGAGUGAACGACCUUCAAUUUCUUCCCGUUGGAGCGUGUGGGCGAACUUUAUGGAGAGACGUUGGAGAAGAUGUGCGUUACUUCGAUCGAUCUGGGCAUUGGCUUCUUGCGGAGAAGAAGUCUCCGUUUCUUUUGUUUUUCCUUUGCCGUGCGUGAGACUGAAGAGGAGAAAGAGCCAAGGGGGAACAAGGAUUCUGUUACUGUCCUGGCCAACACUAUUCAGAAUUUCUCUCAAGUAUCUGGCCUUUUUGUUAAUCCCCUCAAAUCCAACAUCUUUUUGGCUGGAGAAAUCAAGGACGGCAAGUCUGACCUCUUGUCCUUGGUUUCCUUCCCUGAGGGGAAACUUCCUGUCAGAUACUUGGGACUCCCUUUGACUUCUCAAAGAGCUUCAGAAAGAGACUUUGCCCCCCUUAUUGCCAAAGUGGAUGAGAAUAUCAGGAAAUGGAACACUAAGUCUCUAUCUUCUGCUGGCAGACUGGAAUUGAUCAGAAGUGUGAUUCAAGGAAUUGAGGGUUUCUGGUUUCAGGCUUUCCCCAUUCACAAAUCUGUUUUGGAUAGAAUCACUACCCUCUGCAGAGCUUUCUUAUGGGGAAGUAAAUUCUGUAAAGUGGCCUGGGAUAACAUCUGUAAACCCAAAGAUGAAGGGGGUUUGGGACUCAGAAACUCAACUAUUUGGAACCAAGCACUACUGGCUAAGUGCUUCUGGAACAUUGCAGCAAAUAAGGAAACCUUAUAGAUACAAUGGGUGCAUUCUGUUUACCUCCAGGGCAGUGAUUUUUGGACCUGGAAUCCUAGCAAAAAGGAUUCACACUUCUUCAAGAAGAUUGCUGAGAUUAGGGACUCUCUUUUGCAAAAGUGUGGUGAUAGAUUCAUGAUUGAAGACAAUUUGUGUGACAUGGGGGACAUUAAAGCUACCAAGGUCUA